AUGACAACGCCCAUUCUUGCGGGUUUGGGCGUGGCGUCGGCGGCACUGGCGGGCAGAGCGGCGCUGCAAGCGUACCAGUCGUUGAAGAGCGGUGCGGGACGUUCGCUGAAGCAGUUCUACAAGGGCGGGUUCCUCCAGGAGAUGACUCGAAGAGAGGCAGCGCAAAUCCUGGGACUACGAGAAAGUGCUCCGGCGGAAAGAGUCAAAGACGCGCACAGGAAGAUCAUGGUUGCAAACCAUCCCGACGCAGGGGGAAGCAGCUACAUUGCUGCAAAGGUUAAUGAGGCAAAAGACAUGCUGAUAGGCAAGAAGAAAGGGAGAAGUUCUGCGUUCUAA